CGGCCACUUAUUCCUCGUCACAAACUCCUCCUUAGAUCCAUCAAAUAUUCAAUAUUCACUAUUCAGUCGUACACACUCAGCAAAACCCAAACCUCGUAGCUGGCAAAGAUGACAAUGGAGAUGGCCAUCCGAGCUUCAGCCACCACCAACAACAACACAAGACCUCACUUGUCUACUCCUAAAACUUUUCUGAAGCCCCAGUUCAGACCCUCUUCUGUUUCUCUUCCUGCAUCAUCAACCACAAUCACUCUCUUGGGCCUCUUCACACCUCUUCAUGAUGCCAAGGCUCUCACUCUCCCCAAGGACCAGAUUACUUCUUCCUUAACUGAAUUUGAGAAGAGAAUCGAUCAAGUUCAGCAAGUGGGUUCCAGUGUUUUUGACACUACAGCACACGUUCUUGAAGUUCUGAUAAAUGCUGCGAAGCCUGUCAUUGAAGUGGCAUUACCAAUUGCAAAGCAGGCUGGAGAACAGGCACUGAAAAUAGCUUCUCCAUUUGUGUCUGAGGUUUCAAAGACAGCCCAAGAGGCAAUUCAAAGCUCCGGCUUCGACACACAGCCGGUUGUCACUGCCGCAAAGACUAUUGCUGGUGCAGCGCAGCAGACAAGCAGUGUAAUUGAAGGGGUCAAGCCAAUUGCUUCAUCAACUUUUGAAACAAUAUCUUCAUCAGACCCUCUUACAAUUGUAGGAUCUGCCGGUGCAUUGUUCCUUACCUACCUUCUCUUUCCUCCAGUCUGGUCUGUCAUUUCGUUUAACUUCCGAGGUUACAAAGGUCAACUUACUCCUGCUCAAACCCUUGAUCUUAUCUCGACAAAGAAUUACAUUAUGAUCGAUAUCCGAACAGAGAAGGAGAAGGACAAGGCUGGCAUUCCUCGCCUACCAUCUAAUGCUAAAAUCCAAGUGAUUGCCAUUCCUUUGGAGGAGCUACCUAGCAAGCUACGAGGCCUUGUCAGAAAUGUAAAGAAACUACAGGCUGAAAUUGCAGCUCUGAAGAUUUCUUAUCUGAAGAGAGUUAACAAAGGCUCCAGCAUCGUCAUCUUGGAUUCGUAUUUGGAUUCAGCAAAGAUAGUGGCAAGAACUUUAACUAGUCUUGGCUUCAAGAACUGCUGGACUGUGGCUGAUGGCUUCUCCGGAAGCAGAGGGUGGCUGCAGAGUCGUUUAGGGAUAGAUUCCUACAACUUCUCAUUUGCUGAGGUCAUUUCACCAUCUCGAGUCAUUCCCGCAUCAGUAAGACGUUUUGGUACAACCAGCUCCACAACUCAGUCUGCUCAAAAAUUGCUUCCAGAAUGAUUCAUGUCUAAGUGGAAAGAAAAAAAAAGACCAAAAAUAAAAAUAAAUAAGAGCUGUGUUCUUAUCAGUGAACGCUGUCAAUGUGAACAAAUUGUUUAGAUCCGUGUCUAAGCAUUUUUGUAAAAUUCUUUUUUGUAUUUUAAUCAAAUGUAAGCAGUAGUGAUCUUUCUUUUGUUGUAUAAUACAUAAUACACAUUUGUCUCA